AUGGUGGGGGAUAACGAGGAGAACUCGCCCUCACACGAGGAGGAGGACGACGAAGAUGAUCCAGUUAGCCUAGCUAGCAUUCUCCGGGAGCUCAAAGACUUUAGACACGAAAACAAGGAACAAUUUUCUGAAAUUCAAAGAAACCAACAACAGACGGACGUCAGAGUGACACAAGCCGAAGCACGAAUUGAUGAAGUGGAAACGGCGCUGGGAGCAACAUCGACGCUCAUAAAGCAACUGCUAGCGCGGCAAGACACCAUGGAGGCUAAGCUCACUGACCAGGAGGCCCGCGCAAGGAGAGAUAACCUCCGCAUAUACGGCAUCCCAGAGGAAGCGGAGGGCACUAAUAUUAUUGUCUUUCUGGAAAAUAUGCUUCGUGAUUCUCUCGCUUUUCUGCCUGAAACUGAUUUAAAGAUAGAAAGGGCACAUCGAGCCCUGGCCCCGAAACCUGCUGGAGGACAGACACGGCCACGCUCAAUCAUAGCCAAGUUUUCCAGCUACAGGGUCAAGGAAGAAGUUAUAAGGAUUGCCUGGCAGAAGAAACAAGUGAUGUACAAGGACACGCAAUUCUACGUUGACCAUGAUUACCCUCCGCUGAUUCUAAAGAAACGCACCGAAUACAACCAGGCCAAAAAAGUCCUCAAAGAGCACAAUAUAAAGUUCCAAACUCCCUAUCCCGCAAAAAUGAGAGUGUUUUAUAACGAGGAGACCCGCUUGUAUCAGAGCGCGGCAGAGGCGACAGUGGACAUGUCUGCAAGAGGACUCCCGGUGACCGUGAUCCCGUCUACCGUCGAUCCCUACCAGCGCGAGUUACAGCAGCUCUCAUCGUGGCAAGCGACCCCGGAGACCGAACCAGCACACCCCCUCCUUCAGGCACCGGACCGACAAGCCGGCUCAUUCAAAGACUGUUUAUUGAAAAGCUGCGGGAAUUCAGGCGAAAUCCACCUACAGAUAAGUGAUCGGGAGAAAGGUAGAAACUGUUGUGUACACGCCCCAACUCUUUGA